AUGAAACUGGAAGAACUCCGAGCUCAGCUUGAAAUUGAAAGGAACAAGAAUCUAAUGCUGGAAACUACGAUGAAGAACUUGCAAGAGGACAAGGAAUUUUUAAAACAGCACUUGGGCCAUCAAGUGAAACAUGUAAGUGCUGUCAUUCAGCGUUACAAGGCAGCAUUGAAAUACUACAGGGAAGGAAACUCCAUGAGAAGAGCCUUUGAGAAAGCUGGUAUCGAUCGAAACACCAUUUCCAGAACAGCACAAAUUGCUGAGUUGUAUUUAGCAAGGGGGUCGAGAGUCACAAAUGCCAACGUUGGCCCCCGGCACCCAACUCAGGUUCCCCAAAUAGAUCUGCCCGCCACAGACGACCAGGACACAGGAGUACAGGUACAAAAGCUUUAUUACAAGUAA